CAGCCGAUGAAUAUUCUCGCAACAAAACUCAACUGCGAGAGAAAUUGGACUCGACAAAGCCCGCAAGCUCUCUUCCUUUGAUUCCCGAUCUGCCAAGCAGUUUUGAGUAGAUUCAUCCUGGUUGGAUGGGAACCGGCUCAGAUGCCGGCGGAGGUGGCGGCGGCCGAGCUCGAGGUAUUGUGCUCAAGGCUCUCGUGCUCUUCGGCGGAGUGCUGCUCUUUAAGAGGCUGAAGAGGUCGAUGACCCGAUGGGACCAUGCUCGAGCCGUUGCACAAGCGAUAUCUGGCGAGAAGUUAUCACGGGAGCAAGCUUGCAGGGAUCCUGAUAACUAUUUUAAUCUGAGAAUGCUUACAUGUCCUGCAACAGAGAUGGCAGAUGGCUCAAGAGUUCUAUAUUUUGAGCAAGCCUUUUGGAGAAGUCCUCACAAGCCUUUUCGACAAAGGUUUUAUAUUGUCAAGCCUUGCCCAAAGGAGAACAAAUGUGAUGUGGAGUUGAGUUCAUAUGCUAUCAGAGAUACUGAGGAGUACAGAAAUUUUUGUGACCGUCCUAAUGACCAGAGGCCACAUGAUGAAGAAAUUAUUGAGGACAUUGCAGAGCAUCUAACAACAAUAAAUCUCUCCCGCUGCGAGCGUGGAAAGCGCUGCUUGUACGAGGGUUCAACGGCACCUGAAGGCUUUCCAAACACCUGGAAUGGAGCAUCCUAUUGCAAAUCGGAGCUAACUAUUCAUAAAAAUGGUGAGGUGCAUGCAUGGGAUCGAGGCUACGAUGAAGAAGGCAAUCAGGUGUGGGGACCAAAGGCAGGACCUUAUGAGUUCAGACCUGCUACGAAUUCAAGCUUGGACGACAUGGUCUCACUUGAUAAUUUUCUUCCCACUAGGCCAUUGGAGAAGAAAAUUGAGGCUUCAUUUGUAUUGAAUGAAUGAUGUGUUUCUGUACAGUUUUUAAUAUAAAUUUUGUAUUUUAAGUGAA